UCUAAGAAUAACCCAGGCAGGCAGGGCAGAAUAGCCUGGGUUAAGGUUACCUUGAAGCCCCUGUCCCGUCCUAAGCUUCCUGAUCUACACCAAUCAUGGGCAGGGGAAACUUUUAGGCUGGAUCCCGAACUCUCCACUGGCCGGCCCUGGAACUUUUUCCCUCGACCUUUUGCUCUCUUCCUGGACAUUAACUGAACCUCUUCAGAGACCCUGAGACUGUGACCCUUUGGUAUUUUUUGCAUUGUGAUUCUUUAGGGGGGGAUUAAACAUCCAGUCCAGACACCAGGUGUAAUAUAUUUAGGGUCUCUUUGCAUGGUCCCAUCCUCUCCUUGACGACCAGGACUCAAACAGGAUUAGCCCUGAGGCGCUGCAUGUAUUUUUUUCAACACAACUCUGUUGCUGAAAUUACAUUUUCAAACUGCCAUGACUGAGGGAGUCGAAGGUACAGUAUCUACACAAGUCUAACGCAAUCCUUCACCACAACCAUGGUCAUUGAGAGCAAAAAUGGAGAGGCAGGACACCCCCCAGCCAGGGUGACCAAGAGGACCGCGACUGACGACCUGUACACCACCUUCAGUUCCCCUAUGGCCUGGAUCCUGGUCGUAGCCCUGGUCGUCACCUGGUCUUGUGUGGCCAUCAUCAUGUUUGAUCUGAUGGACUACAAGGGCCUCACAGAUCAUACAUUAUACUGUGACGACCCCUGUUUGCCACCUGGGGUCUCCCCACCUCCCGCUGUCAGGAAAGUAAUUAAGGAUGCAGGAAGGUCUAGAGGAAGCAUUCAGCAUAUCAGCUCGGACCCCAUGAAAGUGGUGAACGAGGCGGUGGAGGAGUCCACUGACUGGGGCAAACUGCUUCUGACCUUUGUCUCCAGCCUGGUAGCACCCGAGGAGGAGGAAAUCGAAGGUGAGCUACAUCCGGUUAAGAAAAAAGCUGCAUUCCUACCAUCCAGAAAACAAGUUGCAGGGAUGUUUGCCGAGGAAAAGGAACCAGUUGCGGAAGUAGAGGAGGAGGAGGAGGAGGAAGAGGAAGAUGAUGUAGAUGAAGUGGAAGAUGAGGAAGAGGAUGGAGAGGAUGAGGUUACGGAAGAAGAGGAUGAAGAUGAGGAAGAAGAUGAUGAGGGUGAGGAAGAGGAGGAAGAAGAUGAAGAAGAGGAGGAAGAGGAUGAGGAAGCAGCAGCUGAGGCCGAGGUAGAUGAGGAUGAUGAUGAUGACGAUGACGAUGAUGGUGAAGCAGAUGAAGAGGACUCUGCUGCAGCGACUGAAGAAGAUGAUGAUGAGGACGAAGAGGUGGCUUCAGAGGCUGAUGAUGAGAAGGGUGAUGAUGAGAAGGGUGAUGAUGAGGAGGAAGAAGUGGCUUCAGAGGCUGAUGAUGAGGAGGAUGAUGAGGAGGAGGAAGAGGUUGCUCCACAGGCUGAUGAGGAGGAGGAGGAGGAUGAGGAGGAGGUGGAAGAGGCUGUUCCAGAGGUGGUUGCUGCUGAGGCUGAUGAUGAGGAAGAGGAGGAGGAGGAGGAAGAAGCAGCUGCAGCUGAUGAGGUGGCAGAGGAAAAUGAAGGUGAAGAUGAAGCUGCUGCAGAAGUCAUUGCUGAGAUUGAUGAGAAUGAGGGCCCCAUUCUGAUUGAUGUUGAUGACAUAGAGACAGAGACUUCUGCUGGAGAUGAUGGAGAGGAGGAUGACACCAUAGCUGAAGCUGAAACUGAAGCAAUUACAGAUGAGGAUGCCAGUGAUGCUGCUUUCACUGAUGAUGAUGAUGAUGAUGAUGAUGAUGAUGGUGAUAAUGAAGAGGAUGAAAAUGCUGUAGCUGGUCCUGCUGCUGCUGCCAGUGAUGAAGCCACAGAUGAUGCUCCUGUUUCGACUGCAGAUGAUGAUGAUGAUACUGUUGAUGAGGAAGAUCAUAGCAUAGAUGUUGACCAAACAGAUGACGAUACUAAACCCAUUGACCUAGAAGAUGACGAUGAUGACGAUGAUGAUAUCAAAGUCGAUCUUGCUGAUAGUGAGGAUAUGGAUAUCUCAGACACAUUAGCUGAGGAUACAACUGAUGACUCUACAGAUUUAGAGGACACUGAUGAUGACGAUGAUGGCAAAGUCAGUGAGGACAGUGGUGCCGAUGACGAUGACAAAACAGUCGAGGAUUCAGGAGAGACUGUUAGAGAUGUCUCAGACAUUUCUGAUGACACAGAAGACAAUGAUGAUGAUGAUGAUGAUGAUGAGGUGAAGGAUUCAGCUGAAGAUAUCGGCAAAGAAGAUGACGAUGAGGAUAAUGAAAUCACAACAGAAGCCUUUGAUAGUUCAGCACCUGAAGAAGAUGAUCUAUCCAAGGAUGACGACGAUGAUGAUGAUGACAUUGAUGACCUUCUUUUGACAGAUCUAAAGGUCAAGCAUGCUGCUCCUCCUGCAGAACAAGUAGUGUGCCCUUGUAUGCAUUCGUCCAAGCCCAAAGAGGCCAAAAGUGAGCCAACGGAGGAGAAAGAGGCAGAGCCCCCUAAAAAGGAACCAGUAGUGAGAGCUAAGAGAGAGCGUGACAUGUGCAGGCCAGUUGAGAAGCCAAAAAGGAGAGAGGCUGCAAGGAAAUUGGAAUUAGAAGCGGCGAUCAGGAAGAGAGAACUAAGACUUAAAAAGGAAGCGAAGGCCACAAAGGAAGAGUCUCAACAUGUAGAUGCUGGGGUGCCUGCACCUGCACCCGCGCCAGUUCCCGCCUGUCAACCCACACAAGUCUACUGGCCAUCAUCAACUCCUGGCUGGUAUUUGCAUCAUAUAUUCACAGACAAUCCAUUUCCACCUACAACUAUGACAGCUCCUCCAGCUCAGCCAUUUUAUCAAGCUCCUCCAGCUCAGCCAUUUUAUCAAGCUCCUCCAGCUCAGCCAUUUUAUCAAGCUCCUCCAGCUUAUCAAGUUUAUCAAGCUCCUCCAGCUCAUCCAGCAACAGCUCAACCAACAGCUCCAGUUCAACCAGCACCAGCUCAACCAGCACCAGCUCAACCAAUAGCUCCAGUUCAACCAGCACCAGCUCAACCAGCUCAACCAAUAGCUCCAGUUCAACCAGCACCAGCUCAACCAACAGCUCCAGUUCAACCAGCACCAGCUCAACCAGCACCAGCUCAACCAGCACCAGCUCAACCAAUAGCUCCAGUUCAACCAGCUCAACCAGCACCUGCACCAGCUCCAUCGACUCAAGAACCACAGGCUCCCAAAGAAAAGGCUGCCUCCACAAAGACGGUUCCAAAGGAAAAGACCAAGGCAGCUGCCUCAAAGACGGAGUCUCCUAAAGGAAAAGUUAAGAAGCAAGAACUUGUGGUGUCCAAAGGGAAGUUCAAACCAGCUGUUGUAAAGAAAGAAGCUGUUGUCUCUGAAGAAAAGACAAAACCUUCCAUGACAAAGAAAGAGGUUGUUUUUUCCGAAGAUAAAGCUAAGACAACAGCUGCCAAGAAAGAUCCUGUGGAAAAGGACAAUGACAAAAUAACUCCUACAAAGAAAGAGCCUGCAAUCUCCAAAGAAAAAGUCAAGGCAACCACUAGCAAGACAACCACACCCACUACCAAGAAAGUUGUUUUGGAACCCGAGCACCCUAAAGAGAAAGCCACUCCAAGAGUCCCCACUAUGAGAAAAGGUAACCACACAAAUGUAGUGGUGCCAAUGGUAAAAGCCACCGCAAGAGUUGUCGCUAUAAGACCCAUAUCUACAAAAAAAGGUCCUGCAGUGAAGGAGAAGCUAACUAACGCACCUGAAGCAGAAGAGAAGGUGAAGGAUGUGAAGACAUCAGACGCCAAAGCUAAAGCCACACACUCUGUGAAGACAGCCCAGCCCACUAAACCACAUAAAGCUAAGAAGGCUGAAAAGACUGAGAAGGCUGAGAAGACUGAAAAGACUGAAAAGACUGAGAAGACUAAGAAGGCUGAGAAGGCUGUAAAGACUGAGAAGACUGAGAAGGCUAAGAAGACUAAGAAGACUGAGAAGGCUGAGAAGACUGAGAAGGCUGAGAAGGCUAAGAAGACUAAGGCUGAGAAGGCUGAGAAGACUGAGAAGAAAGCUGUAAAAGAGGCUCAAGAAAAAGAAGUAAAGACCCCUGGUAAAGCAAAAGAUUCUCAGACUGAGGAGAGUGCCACGGACAAGAAGAAGACGUCGGGUCAAACAGUCUUGCAGUGUGUUUUUAUUGGUGGAAAGAGUGCCCACUACCCUUUGCUACCUCCCACCCCUGGUGUGACCCCUGUGUCGAUGAGCCCAGCCAUGCAGUCCAUGAUGAUGCAGCAGGUGCAGCAGCAGAAAGCCCGAGCAGUGGGACAGUAGAGUAGCUCCUCACCCCUAUGCUGCUCCCUCAUCUCAGUCUGCACUUCAACGUUAACCAGCAGGUGGCGCUGCUUGUAUUUACUUCUGGCCCACUGGCUUCUCAUUGAAAACGGAUGACAAUCAGGAACUAAAGGGGAAGGAUGGAUGGACAGUACAGUAUUAUUUAUUUUUCUAUGACCGGUCGAGCUCCCGUGAGUUUCUAAGUCCCUAAAUUCCUUUCCUUUAGCUGUGGCUUUGCUGCUUUUUCAACACUCUUAGAAAAACGGUUACAAAAGGGAUCUCUGUCUGUCCCAAUAGGAGAACCCUUUUUGUUCCAGGUAAAACCGUUUUUGGUUCCAAGUAGAACCAUUUUGGGUUCGAUGUAGGACCCUUUGCGGACAGGGUUCUACAUGGAACCCAACCCAAAAGGGUUAUACUUGGAACCAAAAUGGUUCUACCUGGAACCAACAAGGGUUCUUCAAAGGGUUCUUCUAUGGGGACAGCCGAAUAACCCUUUUAGGUUCUAGAUUACACCUUUUUUUCUAGGAGUGUAGCGCUCAGUAUUGAGUUCUUUGUGAUCUAUGCUUUUCUGUAGAUGUAUUUAUUAUGAAAGGAGUGUAAGUUAUGGAUACAUCACCUUCAGCAGCAAAUGGAAUUGAUCAUUUCUGUACAUUUCAACCAAAUGCAAUGUACACAUGCAUUUCAUUUGUAAUUUAGCUGAAGUUCAAUGUACUGUAUAUAAUGUACCUCUUGAUAUGACAUCUUGUAGUUUACGUUUGUUGAAUGGUUACUUCACAUCAUUAUUUUUGUUACAUCACAACAUUCAUCAAGUUAAUGAUUGCAAUACUUGUCUGUACAUUGAUUUUUGGGCCGUACAUAUAUGGCACUCGGAUAUAAAUGGAGUUAGGAGUUUUAUUUCAUGUUUUGAUUAUAUUUUGUUAAGGAAACUCACUGAAAAUGCUAUGCAAUAACAAAUGAACAAUGUUACUCACUUUGGCCGAACAUGUCCAUGUCGGUAGGUUUCUGUUGAUGUGUGUCAUACCCUGCUAAUAUUGCACUCUGUGCCUUACCUGUGUCAGGAAAUCCUAAACCAUAUUUUGAGACACUACUGUAGAAGUUGCGCAUCAAAUCCAGAGUACAAAAGAUACCGCGAAUAAACAAUGACGCACAGGGCAAAAAUAUGUUGAAUGAACGUUGUUUCCACAUAAUUUCAACCCAAAAAAUCGAUGUGAAGAUUGUGGAAUCAACGUGGGAAACUGAUUAGAUUAAGUAAUCAACGUAAGGGCAUUUCAUAUUCUUUUCACCCAACUUUUAACCUAAGUCUAAUGACAUGGUGACAUUUGUCGUUGAUUUCAAGUUGAAUUCACGUUAGUUGACAAUUCAACCAAAUGUAAAUCAAAACUAGACGUUGAACUGACGUCUGUGCCCAGUGGGGAAGAUCUUCAGAAAAUAUAUAUUUUUAAUUGUGUGGCUUUGUGCAUCAUAGUUUGGUCAAGAAAGAGGAUAUAUAUUUGUUUUUGCCUAAAAAUGGCCAUAUCAUUAGUUAAUGAAAAAAAGUUAAAAUGUAGUCCCCCUUACAAAGAUGACAAGGAGUUUUCACCUACGGUAAACGUGUCCAUUCAUUGUCAGAAGUUCACAGGCAUGCUAACACCUACUGUAUACAUCUGCCCAGAUCUGCAUACACACAUGAACAUUGCCUUAUCACUCAUUACUUACACUGUGAUGUUGUUUUAUGUAUUGUAUGUUAAAUGUGUUGCUUCCAUGUAAAUAACUGCAUCAGCUUGUAUUUUGCUGCUUGGCAUGUCGGUAAAGGAUUGUGGGAUAUUGAGUAUGGUAGAAUUACUCAUGGGAGCUCCCGUUGUUAACCAGAAGAACCUCUCUCUCUCUCUCUCUCUCUCUCUCAUCCCCUGAGGAGUGUGUGUAAUGAGAAUGCAACACUAGAGGAGGUCAAGUCAAUGACUGUCCACACAUUUUUUUUUAUGACCAACAAGGAUUAUCGUGAGAUGGUGUUAUGAUGUUAUCCUGUGAUAUAUAGGUGUGGGUGACUUCAUCAUUCAGUCAUGUUCCUAUCAUAGCCUACCUUCUAUGCGCAGCAGCCAACUGCGGAAAUACAGUGCCCUCCAUAAUUAUUGGGACAGUGAAGCAUUUGUUUCUUAUUUUGGCUCUGUACUACAAAAGUUUGUAUUUGAAAUCAAAUAGUGGCAAUGAGGUUAAGGUGCUGACUGAGAGCUUUAAUUUGAGGGUAUUUUCAUCCAUAUCGGUUGAACCGUUUAGAAAUUACAGUGCUUUUUGUGCAUAGUCCCCCCAUUUUAGGUGAGCAAAAGUAUUGGGACAAAGUAGUACAAAUGUAAGUAUUUUGUCCUAUAUUCAUAGCACGCAAUGACUACAUCAAGCUUGUGACUACAAACUUGUUGGAUGCAUUUGCUGUUUGUUUGGUUGUGUUUCAGAUUAUUUUGUGCCCAGUAGAAAUAAAUGGUAAAUAAUGUAUUGUGACAUUUUGCAGUCCCUAUUAUUGUAAGUAAGAAUAGAAACUGUUUCUUAACACUUAUACAUCAAUGUAGAUGGCACCAUAUGAUUACGGAUACUUUUUUAUGAAUCGUGAAAUUAUGAGUAAGUUACAGACAAAAAGUUACAAAAACAAAAAUAUCAUACCCCCAAGACAUGCUAACCUCUCACCAUUACAAUAACAGUGGAGGUUAUCAUUUUUGUGUGUCUUUUUGUGCCUCUCACUCAUCAUUAUUCACGAUUCAUUCAGGAUUAUCCGUAAUAUAGCAGCUUCCACAUGGCAGCAUCCACACAUCCACAUAUUCUCAUUCACAAUAAAAGUGACUCCAAAAUGACACAAUACAUUAUUUACCAUAAAUUUCUAUUGUGUACAAAUAAUCUGAAACACAACCAAAACAAACAGCAAAUCCAUCCAAUAAAUUUGUAGCUUUACAAAUUUGAUGUAGUCAUUGCGUGCUGUGAAUAUGGGACCAGAUAAUUAACUACUUUCAAGUACUUGCUUCACUGUCUCAAUAAGGAGGGCACUGCAUUUUCAAGUAGGUGUGCCUUUUUCUGAUAAUGGUGUUGCUGAGCUGAGCCCAGCAUUUUACUGUUUUCUUACUCAACUCGAGACUUGAUGGUCAGGAGUCCAUGUUUCAAGACCAUGUGAAAGAAACUAUUGGAUCUGAGCUUAGAUGUCCUCGCUACAACAGAAGGGACGAUAAGUACAGUUGAAGUCGGAAGUUGACAUACACUUAGGUUGGAGUCAUUGAAAUUAUUUUUUCAACCACUCCACAAAUUUGUUGUUAACAAACUAUAGUUUUGGCAAGUCGGUUAGGACAUCUACUUUGUGUAUGAGACGCAAGUAAUUUUUCCAACAAUUGUUUACAGACAGAAUAUUUCACUGAUAAUUAUUUCACUGUAUCACUGUUUCACUGUAUCACAAUCACACUAAUAUUUCACUGUAUCACAAUUCCAGUGGGUCAGAAGUUUACAUACACUUAGUUGACUGUGCCUUUAAACAGCUUGGAAAAUUCCAGAAAAUGAUGUAAUGGCUUCAAAAGCUUCUGAUAGGCUAAUUGACAUCCUUUGAGUCAAUUGGAGGUGUACCUGUGGAUGUAUUUCAAGUCCUACCUUCAAACAAUCAGCCAAGUUUGUAGACCUCCACAAGUCUGGUUUAUCCUUGGAAGCAAUUUCCAAAUGCCUGAAGGUACCGCGUUCAUCUGUACAAACAAUUGUACGCAAGUAUAAACACCAUGGGACCACGCAGCAGUCAUACCGCUCAGGAAGGAGACGCGUUCUGUCUCCUAGAGAUGAACGUACUUUGGUGCAAAAAGUGCAAAUCAAUCCCAGAACAACAGCAAAGGACCUUGUGAAGAUGCUGGAGGAAACAGGUACAUAAGUAUCUAUAUCCACAGUAAAACAAGUCCUAUAUCGACAUAACCUGAAAGGCUGCUCAGCAAGGAAGAAGCCACUGCUCCAAAACCGCCAUAAAAAAGCCAGACUACGCUUUGCAACUGCACAUGGGGACAAAGAUCGUACUUUUUUGGAGAAAAGUCCUCUGGUCUGAUGAAACAAAAAUAGAACUGUUUGGCCAAAAUGACCAUCGUUGUGUUUGUAGGAAAAAGGGUGAGGCUUGCAAGCCAAAGAACACCAUCCCAACCGUGAAGCACGGGGGUGGCAGCAUCAUGUUGUGGGGUUGCUUUGAUGCAGGAGGGAUUGAUGCACUUCACAAAAUAAAUGGCAUCAUAAAGGAAGGGAAAUGAUGUGGAUAUAUUGAAGCAACAUCUCAAGACAUCAGUUAGGAAGUUAAAGCUUGGUCGCAAAUUGGUCUUCCAAAUGGACAAUGACCCCAAGCAUACUUCCAAAGUUGUGCCAAAAUGGCUUAAAGACAACAAAGUCAAGGUAUGACCUCAACCCUGACCUCAACCCUCUAGAAAAUUUGUGGGCAGAACUGAAAAAGCGUGUGCGAGCAAGGAGGCCUACAAACAUGACUCAGUUCCACCAGCUCUGUCAGGAGGAAUGGGCCAAAAUUCAUAAUUCAAGCUUAAUGUGGGAAGCUUGUGGAAGGCUACCCGAAACGUUUGACCCAAGUUAAACAAUUUAAAGGCAAUGCUACCAAAUACUAAUUGAGUGUACGUAAACUUCUGACCCACUGGGAAUGUAAUGAAAGACAUAAAAGCUGAAAUAAAUCAUUCUCUCUACAAUUAUUCUGACGUUUCACAUUCUUAAAAUAAAGUGGUGAUCUUAACUGACUUAAAACAGGGAAUUUUUACUAGGAUUAAAUGUCAGGAAUUGUGAAAAACUGAGGUUAAAUGUAUUUGGCUAAGGUGUAUGUAAACUUCCGACUUCAACUGUAUAGACAAUACAUGGUGACUUGAGAGCCCAUACUGUGAAAGCCUGAGCGUAAAGGCUGAGCAACGACUUUGUCUUGACUGUAGCUGUCUCAGCCUGCUGUAUGGUAUCUAUCUACUAUCUAUCCAUACAUUUUGCAGUGGUACAGUAAACUGUCUUUUUCCAAGGACACGUGCAUCCACAGUCAGCAACAACAGCUCGACAAAGUAUUGAGAAGUAGGCCAGAGAAUAAAAGAAACUUGACUUUGAAGUUCCAGAGCUCCAUUUCCUGUUCCACCAGAGGAAAUGCUGCUGUGUGCUGUGUGUUGUUUUCUGUGGAUCUGACUAAUGGCUGGGGGCAGAGUAACCCCACCAUGAGAUACAUUCAUCAACGAUAAACAUCAACAACAACAUCAGUGAAUACUAUUUUUUCAUAAUUAUAACUAUGUCUUACCUUUCUAUUCUUGUAUUUUUUUGUCAGGGAAACUUGUUUACUGGUGGUGGAAAGUACUUGUUGGUUAACUGCUCUUUCAUCAUGAGCUUGGUCGUAUCAUCAUACCUUUCUCGGUCACUAGGUAUAACAAAGCAACGGCAAAGACAACCGUACCGUAGGAGGUUUUAAUACCUUAAGUUUACUUGAUUUACACCAGUGCCACUGGCACAUUUCAGUGAAUUUAUUCACUUGUGGAAUGUCUUGACAGAGUACAGACCUCAGAUAUACAUGAUUUAUAAGCACUGAGUAUGUGCCGGUUAUGUGAGCUGUAACAAUGUCAUUUCAAAAACAUUAUUCAGAAUUUAAAUAUGUUUUGGGUUGUUUUGUUCUUUAAGAUGAUUCAGUUUUGUUAAUUGCCCGUAUUAUGCAUGACUGUUAUUUGAACAAAGACAACACAUUUUGCAGUUAUUGUCCCUUGUUUUCAGGAACACUCUGGUGAGUACUGUAGGACUUGUAGCACUACAGUAGGACUUGUAGCACUACUGUAGGACUUGUAGCACUACUGUAGGACUUGUAGCACUACUGUAGGACUUGUAGCACUACUGUAGGACUUGUAGCACUACUGUAGGACUUGUAGCACUACUGUAGGACUUGUAGCACUACUGUAGGACUUGAAAUAUUAGCUAUUAACAGACCUGUCAGACAUCAGUUGAGCUACAUGUAAUGGAUGGAUAUAGAUUGCGUUGCUGUGAGAUGUGUACGCUCUGUUUAUUUCCUGACAUGCACAGAGGUAAACAAACUCUCCACCUUAUGUAACAGAAACAAUAUGAGAUAUGUUCCCAAAGACUCAUUUCAAUUUAGAUACAUUUUCUUGCAAAAAAAUACACAAGGGACAUUUUUUUAUUUUGGGCUAUUCCUUUUUUAUAGCGCUUUACCCUGGGUUAGCUUGUCAGUGCUCUAUAGCUACUUUGUGAGACUAUUGCUAAACUUUCUCCCUGCUCUGCUGUAGCUCUGUCUUGCAAUUAAUCACAACAGGAUAUCACUGAUAUGUUUAAUGAUACUGUUCUUAUGUUGUAGUUUUAGUUUUUGAACAGUUUUAACCAAGUCCAAACUCAUAUUUAAACAACAGCACAUUAUUUAUUUUAAAUCCCCCCAAAAUAUAUUUUGAAAGUAUAUUGUACAUGGAGUAUAAAACAACUGGUAAUACAGUACUUAUAUAGCGUUACAGUAUUUAAAUGAAUUCUUAUUUUUUUGUUUCUUUGUUUUGUUUUCAGAACAAUGCUCUCUUAACUUUUUUUUGUCUACCUUGUUUAGUUUUUAGUAUACAGUACUUUAAGCAAAAUGUGGCUCUGGACUACACAUGGCAAUGCAAUGUUAGCUUUACGAAUUGAGUAAACAUGUUACCAUUUUAAA